AUGAGAGAGCAACUGAUUAAAAUUGAGGAAUUACUGCAUAUGCAUAGACUGCGUCUGUUGAAUGCAGAGCAUACAAGUACCCGUGAAAGUCCUGCAAAACUUUUCAAAUCUCGAAUUCUCAAAAAGCAUCUGAUGUCCACGACUUCUAAUGUACAUUAUUACAAAGGUAAUGACUAUAGACCUUCUGUUGGAAUUAUACUACAAAAAAUGGGAAAUCGAGUGGUGAAGAUAUUAGACAUCAAAGAUCACUCAGUUCAUAACAGACACCUGGACAAAGUGACAAUAAAUGAAGUAGGUCGUUCCAAUUAUUAUUUUAAUGAUUCCGCUAAUAAUCCUGAUUUUGUAGAUAAUUCAGAAAUAAGUCCAGAUAA